AUCGGUACAAGCCGACAACGAUUUUUGUCAGUAUUCGCAUGCAUAUUAGUUUCUUCCAAGCGCUUGUUCGACACAGACCAAGGACAUUUCACGGAAGACGCCGGUUCCUAGUGAUAACAAGAAAAAUGCCUAUCAAAUCAGUGAAAGCUCGUCAGAUCUUCGACAGUAGAGGUAACCCAACAGUUGAAGUUGAUGUUACUACAGAAAAAGGACUGUUCCGGGCUGCUGUGCCAAGUGGAGCAUCCACUGGUAUUUAUGAAGCUUUGGAAAUGAGAGAUAAAGGCAAGCCCUAUCAUGGAAAGGGUGUAAUGAAUGCUGUCAACAAUGUUAACAACACUAUUGCUGGAUUAGUUAUGGGAAUGAAUGAAGUUGAGCAAGAAGCUAUUGAUAAGAAGAUGAUCAGUACUGACGGAACUGAAAACAAAGCUAAAUUUGGAGCCAAUGCUAUUCUUGGAGUGUCCUUGGCAGUCUGUAAGGCCGGUGCCGCUGCCAAAGGUGUUCCUUUGUACCGACACAUCGCCGACUUGGCUGGUAACAAAGAGGUUAUCCUACCCGUUCCAUCAUUCAACGUGAUCAAUGGCGGUAGCCACGCUGGUAAUAAACUGGCCAUGCAGGAAUUCAUGAUCCUUCCAACAGGGGCUUCAUCCUUCACUGAGGCCAUGAAAAUGGGAACAGAGGUGUAUCAUCAUCUGAAAAGCGUUAUCAAGAAAAAGUAUGGCCAAGAUGCGUGCAAUGUGGGAGAUGAAGGCGGAUUUGCUCCAAACAUACAGGACAACAACGAGGGCCUGAAACUCCUCUCUGAGGCUAUUGAAAUUGCUGGGUACACUGGCAAGAUCAAAAUUGGCAUGGAUGUAGCAGCAUCCGAAUUCUGCAAAGAUAAAUUGUACGAUCUAGACUUCAAGAACAAAGAUUCCGACAAAACAAAAUUUCUGUCAUCUGAUAAGCUUGGGGACUUGUAUAAAGAUUUCAUCAAGAAUUACCCAAUAGUUUCCAUUGAAGAUCCCUUUGACCAGGAUGACUGGGAAGCAUAUACAAAACUCACUGGCGAAACAGACAUACAGAUUGUGGGAGAUGAUUUGUUGGUAACAAACCCAAAACGUGUACAAACUGGUAUAGAUAAGAAGGCUUGCAACUGUCUACUGUUGAAGGUCAACCAGAUUGGCAGU